GGUAUUACUGAAGCAACUGGACAGCCACAGAAUGAUAAGGAUGCGAUAGCAGAAGUACGGUUAUCUAUAGAUAACCUAGUAUCAGCUGAUGAUUCUGUAGUAGACCAGCAAAAUAUUGUUAACACCAAGGUUAUAUGUUUAAAUAUACAGGAGAUCUAG